UGAAAGGAACACAGAGAAGGGUUUUAACUAGGGUUCAACUUUAUUGAACAACAUCUUGUAUCAUUUUCUUCACUGCACUUGUUUCAGUUUCGUAACAAACCAUGUGGGCUCUUCGUCGAGCUUCAUUCCCUCUCCGUCUCAAUUCUUUGUAUAGGAAUAGAGUAUUUCAUGUAAGGGUUCCUUAUGUCAAGUUAACACCAAAUACUUGUGUAGAAGAUCAUGCUGGAAUCUCUGUUUCACCUCAACUAGCAUAUGGUAAUGGUGGAUUUUCGUCGCCAAAUAGAUGUUUUCACUCUGGUCUUGGUUCUAGUAGAUGUGAGUUUUCUUCACAAGCUGGUACGAAAGACGACGAUGAUUUGGAGGACGGAUUUUCGGAACUGGAGACUCCUUUGGGCUAUGAGAGUGAAAAGUUGUUGGAUUCCGAUUCAGAACAUUCAGAUGAUGCUGAGGUGCCACACAACGAACUGGAGUUAUCACAUGAUGAGGACGAGCUUGUCACGGUUAAGAAAUCGAGCCAAAAAAGGGUUUUGUCGGAAUUAUUUAAGGAUAUAAUGGAUGCUCCGGGACUUUCUGUUCGUACGGCGCUGGAUAAGUGGGUUGAAGAGGGGAAGGAAUUGAGCAGAGAGGAGAUCUCACUCACCAUGGCUAAUCUUCGGAGGCGUAAGAUGUAUGGGAGAGCUUUGCAGCUCUCGGAGUGGCUUGAGUCCAAAAAGCAUCUCGAAUUUGUUGAUAGUGAUUAUGCUUCUCGUCUUGAUUUAAUUGCCAAAUUGCGUGGCUUGCAUGCGGCAGAAGGUUUCAUUGAGAGUAUUCCAGAAUCUUUUAGAGGGGAAAUAGUAUACCGAACUUUAUUAGCUAACUGUGUUGUUCUGAACAAUUUGCAUAAAGCAGAGGAAAUUUUUAAUAAAAUGAAGGAUUUAGAGUUUCCUGUUACAGCAUUUGCGUGCAAUCAGUUGCUUUUUCUGUAUAAGAGAAAUGACAAAAAGAAAAUAGCUGAUGUGUUAUUGAUCAUGGAACACGAGAAUGUCAAACCUUCGCCUUUGACUUUUAAAAUCUUAAUAGACGCAAAGGGCCAGUCAAAGGAUAUUGCUGGAAUGGAUCAAAUUGUUGAGAAAAUGAAGGGUGAAGGCAUUGAACCGGACAUCCAGACAAAUGCAGUUUUGGUUGGGCAUUACAUCUCAGCUGGGCUUGAUGAUAAAGCUAAAGCGUUAUUGAAGAAGAUGGAAGGUGAGGACUUAAGAGAGAAUCGGUGGGUAUGUCGAACGUUGCUUCCCCUCUAUGCAAACUUGGGGAUGGCCGAUGAAGUUGGAAGAGUUUGGAAGGUCUGUGAGACACACCCUCGAAUUGAGGAUUGUUUUGCUGCAAUUGAAGCCUGGGGUAAGUUGAAGAAAAUUGAUGAAGCAGAGGCAGUUUUCGAGAUGAUGUCAAAGAAAUGGAAGCUUACGCCCAAGAACUGCUCAGUGCUACUGAAGGUUUAUGCAAACCAUAAGAUGCUAGUAAAGGCAAAGGAUCUUGUUAAGCGAAUGGUGGAUAGUGGAUGUCGAUUAGGUCCCUUGACCUGGGAUGCAUUGGUGAAACUAUAUGUCCAAGCAGGGGAAGUGGAAAAGGCAGAUACUGUUCUGCAGAAGGCAAUCCAGCAGAGUAAGGCGAAGCCAUUAUUUUCGUCCUAUCUUACUAUUUUACUACAGUAUGCUAAGAGGGGCGACAUCCAUAAUUCGGAAAAGAUUUUCUAUAAAAUGAAACAAGCUGGUUAUGCAUCCCGACCAAGGCAGUACCAAGUUCUUAUAGAAGCAUAUAUAAAUGCCAAGGUUCCAGCUUAUGGGAUUAGGGACAGGUUGAAAGGAGACAACAUAUCUCCCAACAGAACUUUGGCUAACAUGUUGGUACAAGUUGAUGGAUUUAAGAAGAGUCCGGCUUCUGAUUUGCUUGAUUAAGGAGAUUGACAGAUCCUUCUGCAAGGAGGUUGUUUCUAUGGAUAACUAUGCUACUAUUGUUAGUUAAAUAGUAGGUUUUGACAUCUUUGAUUUGGAAGUUUUAUAAUCAUGUUUGAAAAACUAAAGAACAAGUAUGCACAUGUUUCUGCAUAUUUUGUUACUUUUUUAUGUUAUAUCUCUCGCCAUUUGAUUGAAACGCCAAGUACUCUAUUAAAGGAUUCUAAAUUAUAAAUGAAUCAUCUAUAAAUGA